AUGGAAAAGGCAAAGAAUAAUAGCUACCGGUCGUCAAUGACAACAUGUGCAUUUCUUUUCCUUUUUGCUUCACUUUUAUUUUCUCUCCCUCACCCUAUCACUCUCUCUCAAUGUCCAUCUUUCUUUUUUCCUCAUGUUGAUGAUGAUGAUCUUAAUCCCUCUUACGUCAGUAUACAUCUUUCUUUCUUUUUUUCUUUCUCUCGUUCUUUAUUUCUCGCUUUUUCUUUCUCCCACUCUCGCUUUACUUUUUUCUUUCUUUCUUUCUUUCUUUCUUUCUUUCUUUCUUUCUUUUUUCCUUCUUUGUUUUCUUUUUCUUUUUCUCAUUCUUUAUUUCUCUUUUUUUCUUUCUACCUCUUUCUCUUUCCUUCUUCCUUUCUUCCUUCAUUCCUUCCUUCCCUACUUCCUUUAGUUCAUUCUUUCUUUUUCUUUAUUUCUCUUUCUUUCUUUCAUGAAAACGAUUUUAUUCCUACAGUUUAUUUUAACGAAUCUUUUACGCGUGAAACCUUUUCCUUACUGUCUUUCUUUUAUUUAAAUUUUACUAAGUUUUUCUAUUUUCUUCGAUUUUCUGUCUUUUUUCGAUUUUCCUUCUUUUUUUUCUCAGAUUCUUCUAUUAUUUCUUUUACUUUUUAUCUUUCUUUCCAUCUGUAUAUUUUACCAGAUUUUUUCAGAUUUUUUUGUUUCUUUCUGUCUCUGGCUCUUUUUCUUUCUUUCUUUCUUUUUUCUUUCUUUCUCGGAUUAUUCUUUUCUUUCUUUAACUUUUUUAUUCUUCUUUCUUUCCUUUAUAUCUUACCACAUUUUUCUUUUCAAAUGUCUACGGUUCUUUUCUCUAACUCUUUCUUCUUUCCCAGAUUCUGUAUUUUCUUCUUUUUCUUUUCUUUUUGUCUUCCUUUCUUUUUUUAA